UCGACCUAUAGAUUAGUAGCUGAGGUCAGCUGUAGGGAUAGAGCAGGGGUCAUGGUGCCAAUGACUGAGCCUGGAGAGGUGGUUCAGGAGCAGCUUGUGUCCUAAAGCUGGCUUUUGACAAUGACAGUUCCAGAGGACAGAGGUCAAAGGCUUGUCUGGACUGUGCAGCUAGCACUGCUGAGACUGAGUGGGAGAAAUGAGGGAAAUCUAGACAACAUAAUCCACGUGAACAUGAGCUUUACUCACUUCAGUAGGCUUGGAGACCCAAAUGAUGCCAUCAAGGACACACAGGGAGUUCCUUCACCCUCUGUCCUUGUCUGUAAAAUGGGAACAGUAACAAUUUCACCAUCUCAGUGUUCUGGGUGACUGUGAAGAGCAAGCUGGAACGUCUGUAGAAUUGGGAGAAUAUGGUGGCUGGUCACUUUUCAGUCCAAAGCUGCAGUACCGGGUGUGUUUGUGGGGAGGGGCACUUGCCGUAGUCCUGAUGAACUUCUCAUGGUGGGGACGUGCUGGAGGACACCCUAAGGUCAACAGCAGUGCUUACAGAGCCAUUGAAGCACCCAGGCAUUGUGCCCAAACUUCCUUUUUUAUCUCCCUCGGUCCCACAGCAGCACCACUGAUGGGAAGAUGGUGGCCUCACCCACACAAGGUCCCUCCAAAGCCCCUGUCUACAGCCCUUUGUAGGCAUAGUAGCUACAGGUUAUGAACAAAUUGUAUGCCAAGCAUUGUUCAAAAAGGUUUUCAAAUGUGAACUCUGAGACUCCUGCCUAGCCCUAAGUGGUGGAUCCGGAUGCUACUCUGUAUGUUUCAGGUAAGUAAAGGAGGCAUGAAGAAGUUAGGAAAUCCCCCGAAUGAUACCAGUGGUAGAGCUGUAAAUGGUAGAGAUUUGACCCAGGUACUUACGGUCUCCUUGAUGCAUGCAGCACAGCAGUAAUUUAGUGAAUUUACACCUCCACGCUGCACUGUAGGUUCAUAAGGUUAAGGCCCUGUCUGACUUCACACUGCAUUCCCAGUGCCUGGCACCUGGUGAUACUAUGGAUGUCCAUAGGAGACUGGGCCCAGAUGAUAGCUUCCUGGAUAGAAUCUGGUCAUCAGAGUGCCAGAGGCACACCGGGUGGUGGGGGAGCAGGUUCCCCACUGGCCCAGGUCUAGCUGAUCAGGACCCCAGAGUUUGUUAUUUGUGCUGUGUCUCACCUCUCUCUUUUGUUUCCAUGUGCCACUGUGACGAUGGCUCCACUGUCUCUCCCUGACUGGCUGUGUGACCACAACGGCUACCUCUGGGGACAUCAUGACAACAGAGAAGAGUGUAGUGGUUGAAGCUGAGAAUUCUCAGCACCAUCAACAGAAGGAAGAAGGUGAGGGAGCCACAAACUCAGGACAAGAAACUCAGCUGGAAGAAGCUUCCCAACCGGCAGCUGAGGGCGGUAAUCAGUGUGAGCAGAAGCUGAAAGCAUCCAAUGGGGACACUCCGACACAUGAAGACUUGACCAAGAACAAGGAACGGACGUCAGAAAGCAGAGGCCUGUCACGACUGCUCUCCUCAUUCCUCAAAAGGCCCAAGUCUCAGGUUUCUGAAGAAGAAGGCAGAGAAGUAGAGUCAGAUAAAGAAAAAGGUGAAGGAGGCCAGAAGGAGAUAGAAUUUGGAACCAGCCUUGAUGAAGAUGUCAUUUUAAAGGCCCCUAUUGCAGCUCCUGAACCUGAACUCAAAACAGACCCAUCUCUGGAUCUUCAUUCAUUAAGCAGUAUAGAAACACAGCCAGCUCAGGAAGAACACCGAGAGGAUCCGGAUUCUGAAACAAAGGAAGGAGAAGGGAUUGAAGAGUGCUCCAGAGCAGGCGUGAAGGAGGAGCCCGAGUCAAAAGCAGAAAGAGAGCCCGAGGCUUCGCAGAAGCCCGUCCGGAGACAUAGAGACAUGCACUGCAAGGUCUCCCUGUUGGAUGACACAGUCUUUGAGUGUGUGGUGGAGAAACAUGCUAAGGGACAGGAUUUGCUUAAGCGAGUUUGUGAGCACCUCAAUCUGUUGGAAGAAGACUACUUUGGUUUAGCUAUUUGGGAUAGUGCAACCUCUAAGACAUGGCUGGAUUCUGCCAAAGAAAUAAAAAAGCAGGUUCGAGGUGUUCCGUGGAAUUUCACAUUUAAUGUGAAGUUUUAUCCGCCAGACCCAGCACAGUUAACUGAAGACAUAACAAGAUACUAUUUAUGUCUCCAGCUUCGGCAGGACAUCGUGGCUGGACGGCUGCCCUGUUCCUUUGCAACCUUAGCCCUCCUCGGCUCUUACACCAUCCAGUCUGAACUGGGAGACUCUGACCCAGAACUGCAUGGCGUGGAUUAUGUUAGUGAUUUUAAACUGGCCCCGAAUCAGACCAGGGAACUUGAAGAGAAAGUCAUGGAACUGCAUAAAUCCUACAGGUCCAUGACUCCAGCUCAGGCUGACUUGGAAUUUCUUGAGAAUGCCAAAAAGUUGUCCAUGUAUGGAGUUGAUCUUCACAAAGCAAAGGACUUGGAGGGAGUGGAUAUUAUCCUAGGAGUCUGCUCUAGCGGCCUUUUGGUUUACAAAGAUAAGUUGAGAAUUAACCGUUUUCCUUGGCCCAAAGUGCUAAAGAUUUCUUAUAAACGUAGCAGCUUUUUCAUCAAGAUCCGGCCUGGAGAGCAAGAACAAUAUGAAAGUACCAUUGGCUUCAAGCUUCCCAGUUACCGAGCAGCUAAGAAAUUAUGGAAAGUGUGUGUGGAGCAUCACACGUUUUUCAGACUCACUUCUACAGACACCAUUCCCAAAAGUAAAUUUCUUGCCCUGGGAUCUAAAUUUCGGUACAGUGGCCGGACUCAAGCACAGACCAGGCAAGCCAGUGCUCUGAUUGACAGGCCCGCCCCACACUUUGAGCGGACAGCAAGCAAACGGGCCUCCAGGAGCCUUGAUGGAGCAGCUGCUGCUGAGUCCACAGACCGAAGUCCUCGGCCCACGUCUGCACCAGCCAUUGCUCAGAGUCAGGUCACAGAAGGGCCGGGCGUCAAAAAGAUUCCGAAGGAGGCUGCGAAGGCUGAAGUGAAGGGGGAAGAAGAGCCGUCUGAGCAGGCUGAGCCUGAGCCCACAGAAGCGUGGAAGAAAAAGAGAGAGAGACUAGAUGGUGAAAACAUUUAUAUCAGACAUAGCAAUUUAAUGUUGGAGGAUUUAGACAAGAGUCAAGAAGAAAUCAAAAAGCAUCAUGCCAGCAUCAGUGAGCUGAAAAAGAACUUUAUGGAAUCGGUACCCGAACCACGACCUAGUGAGUGGGACAAGCGCUUAUCCACACACUCACCCUUCCGAACUCUUAACAUCAAUGGGCAAGUCCCUACUGGAGAUGGAGUGAAGAAAACUUCUACCCUCCCCUCGGAAAGAAAGCCUCCUCUGGUAAAGACUCAGACUGUCACCAUCUCAGAUACUGCCAACGCUGUGAAAAGUGAAAUCCCAACCAAAGAUGUUCCUAUUGUCCACACUGAGACCAAGACCAUCACCUAUGAGGCUGCCCAGACUGAGGACAGCAAUGGGGACUUAGACCCUGGAGUCUUGCUGACCGCUCAGACCAUCACAUCUGAGACCACAAGCAGCACAACCACGACGCAGAUUACCAAGACUGUAAAAGGUGGCAUUUCUGAGACCCGGAUUGAGAAGAGAAUUGUGAUCACAGGAGAUGGAGAUAUUGACCACGAUCAGGUCCUUGUACAAGCCAUCAAGGAGGCCAAGGAACAGCACCCAGACAUGUCAGUGACCAAAGUGGUCGUCCACCAGGAGACCGAGAUCUCUGAGGAGUGAGCUCAGGGACUGUUCUGCCCGGUCCUCACCCUUCCCCACCCAAGAGAAGCCAGCAUAUCAUAAAGAAGCCAGCCUGCUGCAGUCAGACUCAGACUUUCAAGACUGUUCCACACCACAGAAAACCAACUUGAUUUUCUAUUUGGGAUUUCUAUCGAGACUCUUCUAGAUGCCACAGAUGUUUUCUAUAUUGUGAUACAGAAAUUGUCAGCUUUUUGGUCUAUGAACUGUUUUUAAGACAUUCUGGGUUUUUUAUGGGGUGGUUGGUAACCCCUCAGCCUUGCCUCCCCUCACUUGUUUCCAGCUCAGACCCUGACAGGAUCCACAGACUUCUUCAGAACCCCUCAGAGACCCUGUCAGCUGUAGAGGCCAGAGCCAGCUCAGUGGGACCUCCUGCUCCUCCUCCAGCGUCAGACCCUGGAUGACACAGAAACUAUGCACCGGUGAAUGCCAGGCAGGGCAAAUGCCCUGGUCACAGACCCCAGAAACAUGGCCUCCCUUUGCAGGGUGUUUGGUGAGGCAGCGACCUCGGCUGAGCACAUGCUGCCCCCCAACUCCCCUUCUGUUUGGAGCUUUAGGUCAGAGACAUCAGUUGCUUCAGAUAGAGCUCAUACUGUGAACGUUUGAAUGCAUCUGUGGCCUUCACCUCCCUACCCUCUCCCUCCUCAGCAACAGCUUCCCCAUUGUUCCCAGCUCCCAUCUCAGGAGACCGGAACUCACGGAAAAAUCGGGCACUUCCAAAAGUGCCAGUGGAACAUUUUUAGUUGUAAUUUGAGGAAGAAAAGUUAAUGAGGUUUUAAAAAUCAGGUCUUGUUGUUCAGGGGUGCGCCUCACCCAGGGGAGUGGCGCCUUUACCUCAGAAGGACCCUACUGAGAGAGCUUCCAGCCUCAGCCUGGGCCUCCUCUCUACCAGGCAUGGUAAGGGAUGUGGCUGAGGGAAGAGGGGACAGGCAGCUGCCUGAGGGUGCUCUCCAGGAGCAAGGGUAUGUCUUACCUCCUGGUGGUCAUCCCUGGUCAGGGUGGGUGUGAGCCAACUCUGUUCACUCCUCCAUUGCCUGAGAAGUCUGUCAGGUUUUGGGGGCUUUGUUUUAUUGUGGGUUUUGGAUUUGGUUUCCUUUUCCCUUUUUUUAAAAUAUUGGUUUUGAAAAGGGAGCCUGAUGUCUGUCCCCAGUUGGUGGUGAGAAUUUGGGGACUUUUUCCCCCCAAACAGGGCCUCUGUAAUCCUCCAGCUUACUUCCUACAAACAGAUCUGCCUGGAAGCCUCUUAGAUUCCUAAUUCUAGGCUAGGAAUGAACUUCAUGAGGGUUGACAGCGGGUCUCUGGCAGCAGCAGCAGCAGCAGCAGCAGCAGCAGCGGCCGAAGGGCGUGUGUAACGUCAGGAGCCUCCUGGCCGCGUGCUCUUCACACAAACGCAGCGACUUUGAACUGGUUUUGAGUGUGCAUUUUCUUUUAGCUCCCACGAGACUGUUACCAACGGCAGCUUGCUCUGAGGAGGGCCAGGCUCGGGUUCCACUCCCAGAAGGAAACUUGCAGCUGUGGGCUCGAGCCAGAGGAGGCCGUGCUAGGGAGUGGGGUUAGCAAGGACUCCAGCUGAGACCCAGGAGGAGGCAGAGGGGCCGCCUGCCCAUUCAGCACUGUGCUCUGUGCUGUCCCCAUCAGGAUCUCAGACCUGGGUUCCUGACCUCUGCUCCUCUCUGCUGCCUUUGUCUGGAAAUUGGACCAGAAUUCUGACAUCCCUCCAGGCCUCCCCCUCCCUCUUUUGCUGGUUCUGGCAACAGAUCUUGGGAGAUGGUAAUUGUUUGGAUUUUUUUCUUUCUUUCUUUGUGCAGUUGGUGUGAAGAACGGACUCUGUCCAGGUAGACGUAGUGAUGGGGGAGGGGAGUUCCAUCUCCAGGGUCAGGGACUUGGCAGGAAUUUUCCCAAAGUGACUCAGGCACACCACAGUAACAAACCCAACUGCAGUUUUAUUUUUACUUCAGAAGUAGAUUUCCUUCAAACCACAUGAGAUCUCUGCCACCCACCCACAAAGCAAGCCCUAUAUUCCUAAGCUGAGGGCCCAAGGAGGCUAACUCCAGGGACCCUCCCCCAGGCCAGCAGUGUAUUCUGGGGGAUGCUGAGCAGCUGGGGUUGGGGGGCCCGUGGCCCACAUUGAGAAGUGGAGCUGGAGUUUCGGCCUAGCCAGCAUCCCCACUGCUCAUGAGAAAUGUAAGCCCCAGGCUGGUUGUUUUUACAAAUCUCUCUCAGAUCUAUUAUUUUGAUGACAAAAAUGAAGGAGCUUUGUAAAUUUUUUAAAAAUUAUGAAUCAUAUCAAGUAGUUGUUUACAUUUGACAAAAUAUGGCAGCAGAGUCCAACUGAAAACCCCUUAGGUGAGUUAGGCAGUAUCAGAACUGCUGUCUGCACCCUUCAUAGCGACAGAUGUGGCUGUCGUGUUUUAGGUUAAGUGUUUGGUCUUGCUUCUUGUAUGGCAUUUUUCAAUAAACAUAAAAAAAAUAAAAUAAAAGACCUGACUGUGA